AUGACAGCGUUGGCAGCAGCGUUGGGUCCGUGGCUGAACGCUUGGGGGUUGUCCCGACUGCCGAAACUGUUUGCAUGUUUGCCGCACAUGCAACGGGUUGUGAUGUUGGUGGCUAUUUGGAACAAUCGACUUGACGUCGUCCAGUACCUGCACAAGACAGUUGGCCUCGAGUGGUUCCAAGGUGACAAGCUGUUGGACGUAGCCGCCCGCUGUAACCACUUGGGGAUGGUGCUAUACCUGCAUGAACAUGGAUGUGGUGGAUGCACCGCCGAUGCCAUGGACGCCGCAGCUGGCAACGGCAACUUGGCGAUCGUCCGGUACUUGCACCAACACCGUGGGGAAGGCGGGACGAAGCACGGGUGUUUUGAAUCAGCGAAGAAUGGCCAUUUGGACGUGCUAACGUAUCUCAAUCAACAUGUCACAGCCAUCGACCACAACGACGAGGGGUGGAUUAAUGUGUUUGACGAGGUGGCAACGAAUGGACAUUUGGAAACUGUGCAAUACCUGCAUCCGUACGUCGAGAAAUGCACCUCAAGUGCCAUGGACGAUGCAGCGAAGAAUGGUCAUUUGGAUGUUGUCCAAUGGCUUCAUGCCAACCGCCACGAAGGAUGCUCCUACGAAGCCAUGUACAACGCCGGGAAGCACGGACAUUUAGAAACGGUGAAGUUCUUACAUCAACGUCUAACCGAAGGGUGUCGCUGGCGUCAGGCUUGGACAAAACCCUCUCCUUGGUUUUGCGAAGCACUCAUUGAGUCUUGGAUAAAACCCACUCCCUGGCUUUACGAAACACUCAGUGCUGCGGCUGGGAACGGACAAUUAGAAAUGGUGAAAUAUUUGCACACCCACCAACUGUCCAAGUCGUCGACAACCGCCAUGGAUCGGGCAGCGGAAAAUGGCCAUUUGGACGUUGUCCAAUGGUUGUUUCGCCAUCGAACCGAAGGCUGUACCAAUGAUGCGGUGGAUUGGGCAGCGAAGAACAAUCAUCUGGACGUGGUGCGUUGGCUGGUUGAACAUUGCGGUGUCACAGGAACGAAGUACGGCAUGGACUGUGCGGCGGCACACGGUCACUUGAGUGUUGUCCAGUGGUUGCAUGAGCACACCACGGUGGGUUGUACAGUCGCAGCGAUAAACAACGCUGCAGCAAACAACCACAUGGAGGUAGUCGAAUGGCUCCACAUGCAUCGAAACGAACGUUGUACGGCCGAUGCCAUGGACUUGGCGGCUGGAAAUGGCCAUUUGGAAGCAGUUGAAUGGCUGCACGACCACCAAAUGGGUGGAUGUACGACCAAGGCCAUGGACUGGGCCGCGUAUGCCGGGCAUGUACAUGUCCUCCAGUGGCUUCGAGUGAAUCGAUCCCAACGAUAUACAAUCGACGCCAUGGUCGAUGCUGCAUGCAUGGGUCACUUGGAUGUCGUGGCUUGGCUUUUUGGUGUGCCUGAAUUGUUGCACGGAGACUUCAACAAAAUGAUCGAAGUGGCGUUGUUGCACACCUUCCAACACGACCACGUCCACGUGGUUCAUUGGAUGUUGCGCCACUCCACGCACCUGUCGAGGACCCUCGAGAACGGCUGCUUUGUGUGCGUUAUUUAUGUUGCACAUAACGAGCCACCGACGCGUCGUAUGUUCGACCUCAUUCGAGCCACGAAAAAUGGCGGCGAUUUGCGGUAUGCGUGCAACCCUUGCAUGGUCAAAAUGGAGCGGAUGGUUGAUUGCCCGUGCAACGCACAACUCAGCGUCUAA